AUCCAGACACGAGAAUCUCGAGUAUAUAAAGGCUACAUAAGACGCAACAUUAAUGGCAAUCCUUUUAGCUACGUGGCCCGGCGAACAGCCGAAUCCAGCGAGGAAGCAAGAAGAUGUCAAUCGCUUUGUACACCCGAAGCCUGUCAAUGCGUAGGCCGAAAGGGAAUUCAGGGGACCCCAGGACCUAGAGGUAUUGAAGGACCAAUCGGACCCACUGGAUAUCUGGGUCCUAUUGGGCCACAAGGCAGCAAGGGUGAAAAAGGUAGCCCUGGAACAACUGGCCGACAGGGGCUGAAGGGUGAAAUUGGUCUAAUGGGAGGAAAUGGAUAUCCUGGAGAAGAUGGGCAAGAAGUAAGUGGUCUAAAAUCACUUGAGCAUUCAUAA